AUGUCCAUACAUUUUAUCAGGUAUGAUCCAGAAAUGGAUGGGCGGAUUCUUUUGGCUAAGGUCGACUGCACUGAAGAAGGUGAUCUGUGCAGGAGGAAUCACAUACAAGGGUAUCCAUCCAUUCGUAUUUUCCGUAAAGGAAGUAAUCUUCGGGAAGACCAUGGACGCCAUGACCAUGAAUCUUAUUAUGGAGAUCGAGAUACAGAAAGCUUAGUUAAGACAAUGGAAGCUUUGGUUGCACCUAUUGCAAUGGAAUCUGAAAGGCAAGCUUUGGAGCAUAAACCUGAAAAUGCAACACAGCAUGUUAAAAGACCAGCGCCUUCAGCAGGAGGAUGCAGAAUUGAAGGAUAUGUGCGUGUAAAGAAGGUUCCAGGAAACCUCAUGAUCUCAGCUCUUUCAGGAGCCCAUUCCUUCGAUUCUACGCAAAUGAACCUGUCACAUGUCAUAUCCCAUUUCUCAUUUGGUAUGAAGGUUUUGCCCAGGGUAAUGAGUGAUGUGAAGCGCUUGUUACCUUACAUUGGUCGAAGUCAUGACAAGUUGAAUGGACGAUCAUUUAUUAAUCACCGUGAUGUAGGGGCUAAUGUCACUAUAGAGCAUUAUCUCCAAGUAGUUAAAACUGAGGUGGUUACAAGAAGAUCUUCAAGUGAACGUAAAUUAAUCGAGGAGUAUGAAUAUACAGCCCAUAGCAGUUUGUCACAGACUGUUUACAUGCCGACUGCUAAAUUCCAUUUUGAGCUCUCUCCUAUGCAGGUUCUGAUCACUGAAAAUCCCAAGUCUUUUUCGCAUUUUAUCACCAAUGUCUGUGCCAUAAUUGGAGGUGUCUUCACGGUGGCUGGGAUAUUGGAUUCAAUUUUGCACAACACAGUUAGAAUGAUGAAAAAAGUAGAACUUGGCAAGAAUUUUUGAUAGGAAGAUGAAAUAUGACGUAAAAAUUCUGUCCUGGACAAACUUCCAUUUAGCAAUUACAAUUCUUACCUGGUAAUGAGUUUUCAUUAGCUACUCAAAUUGCUAACACUAGAAAUUUUGCAUGGCCCUAUGCAACUCCAACCUAGAUUGU